UAAUAUUUAUUCAUAUAUAGAUGUACAUAUACAAAGAUCUAUCUUUGAUUGAGUCGUAUUCAAUACACUUUUUUAUCUUUUCCUUCAUUUCGCGAUACAACUUUUGUACAUUUUAUACGAGUUUUAGCCGUGCAAUGUUUAGUGUUCUCACUUAGUUUUAUACAAUUCUUUUUUACACUUAAAAUUGGAGUGAUCUGAUAUUUAAAAUUUAAAUACAAUAAUAUUUAUCAAUAAUGAAUACUAGCAUGUUCAUACAUGAUGAAGAUCAUGAUCUCUUAGACAUGGACGAAAUCAACAAGAAAGACUGUGAUUAUCAUCGGAAGAAUGUAAUGACUGAGAAGAAAUUUACCCUCGAUGACUAUUGUGAUAAUGCCGAUAAUAAUGGCUGGUUAAGUAAAUUAAUAGAUGACUGGACUCAAGAAGACACAAUUGAUUGGCUGAUGUAUGCUGCAUUGUAUUUAGGACAAAGUUACUCUUCUAUACAACACAGUCUUGCUAUUGCUGGCCGAGAUCUUCUAUUACUGACUAAACAUGAUUUUAAAAUGCAUGACUUCAAGUAUGGUGAUCAACUUUAUGAUCUAUUGCAUUCCCAGAAAAAUUACGACAACUUGACGCGUUUCAUGUCUAAUAAUCGAGGGCCCGGCGCAGAUGAUACCAACAAAACACUUAAUUCAGUAAAUUUAUCAGACGCAGAGUCAGACAAUAGUAUUGAUGUCACAAGACCUAAAAGUUAUUCUCAAAGAUACAAAGUUUACAAAACGAAAAAAAACCAACCAACACAAGGUAAACUAUGGGAAUUCAUAAGAGAUUUAUUAAGGAAUCGUGAAACGUGUCCAAGUUUAAUAUGUUGGGAAGAUUAUUCUCAAGCGAAAUUUCGUUUCGUUAGAAGUGAUGAAGUCGCUAAACGUUGGGGUUCUCGUAAAGGAAAUACUAAAAUGACUUACGAAAAACUAAGUCGGGCUAUGAGAUACUAUUACAAAAGUAAAAUAUUUCAACCUGUAUUAGGACGUCGACUUGUUUAUCAAUUUGGUCCUAAUGCCAAAGGUUGGCAAACAGACAAUCCUAAUUUCCGCUGUUAAAAAAUACACCUAA